AUGGCACGCAUGGCUCGGAAUAUGGAAUCGAGCUGCGGAGGUUCAGGCGGCAGCUAUUUACAGAAAUUCAGACUUUACGAAACUCGCUCGAACUUCUAUAUGAUUGGACGGGACAAGAAUAGAACAUGUUGGAAAGUCUUGAAGAUCAACAGAUUAGAGCAGUCCAAGCUAAGUGUUACUGAAGAUACUGCUACAUAUUCACAAAUUGAAUGUUAUGAUCUGCUGAAAAGAAUUCACGAAGGGAACAAGUGUACUGGUGGAUUGAAGUUCGUCACCACCUGCUAUGGAAUUAUUGGAUUCAUAAAAUUUUUGGGACCUUAUUACAUGUUGCUUAUCACUAAAAGAAAAAAGAUGGGCUCAAUUUGUGGGCAUGAAGUAUAUUCUAUUGCCAAAAGCGAGAUGAUUGCUAUACCAAACCCUUCUCUGCACACAAAUAUGGCUUAUUCUAAGAAUGAGAACAGAUACAAGAAGCUUCUGCGCAACGUGGAUCUUACCAAGGAUUUCUAUUUUAGCUACUCCUACCAUGUUAUGCUUAGUCUUCAAAAGAAUCUAAGCAAUCACGAAACUGGAUUAGUCCUCUAUGAGACCAUGUUUGUGUGGAAUGAGUUCUUAACUCGAGGAAUUCGUAAUCAGCUCAAGAAUUCGAGUUGGACUGUGGCAUUGGUUUACGGAUUCUUUAGACAGGUUAAACUUUCAAUAUCCGGGCGUGAUUUCAAUUUAAUUCUUAUUGCCAGAAGAUCUCGUCAUUAUGCUGGUACCAGAUACAUGAAACGGGGGGUGAAUGAGAAGGGCCGUGUAGCAAAUGAUGUCGAGACUGAGCAAAUUGUUCUUGAGGAUGUCGUGGAAGGAAAUCCCUUGAAAAUAUCUUCAGUCGUCCAGAACCGGGGUUCAAUUCCUCUCUUUUGGUCACAGGAGACUUCGAAAUUGAAUAUUAAACCUGACAUCAUACUAUCAAAGAAGGACGAGAAGUAUGAAGCCACCAAACUUCACUUCGACAAUCUAGUCAAGAGAUAUGGGAAUCCUAUUAUCAUAUUAAAUUUGAUCAAGACUCGCGAGAAGAAGCCAAGAGAAUCAAUUCUCCGUGCAGAGUUUGCAAAUGCUAUCGAAGUUAUUAAUAAAGAUCUUGCACAUGAAAACCGCUUGAUGUUCCUUCACUGGGAUUUGAGUAAAUACUCCAGAAACAAGGCAGCGAGUGUGUUGGCGUAUUUAGUCAAAGUAGCAACCAAUGCAUUGGAUUUGACUGGCUUCUUUUAUUGUCAAGUACUCCCAUCUUCAAGCCAACUCCCUUGCAGCAACAACUGCUAUGGUGUUUGUUCUGAUGAGGACCAUUCCAAUGCGAUUGAGGAUAUUUGUGUCCCGACUUCUAAAGAUAGUGUCAAUGAUGAGGUUGGAAGUCAUUUUGUCAAGCCUCCUGUGUUUCAGAAAGGGGUUCUGAGGACGAAUUGCAUUGACUGCUUGGAUCGCACAAAUGUGGCACAAUACGUCUAUGGGCUGGUUGCUCUUGGCCAUCAGUUGCAUGCAUUUGGAUAUAUUGUUGUUCCAAACAUAAGCUUAGACUCUGCUUUGGCUGAUGAUCUAAUGAAGAUAUAUGAAGCUAUGGGUGACACACUUGCUCUACAGUAUGGUGGGUCUGCGGCCCAUAACAAGAUCUUUUCAGAGAGAAGGGGUCAGUGGAAAGCAGCAACACAGUCUCAGGAGUUAUUUAGAACUCUUCAACGUUACUAUAGCAAUGCCUACAUGGAUGCUGAGAAGCAGGACGCCAUUAACAUAUUCCUCGGGCAUUUCCAACCACAACAGGGUAAGCCUGCUCUGUGGGAGCUGGAUUCUGAUCAGCAUUAUGAUGUUCGGAGGCGUGGUUCUGAUUUUGCAGAAGAAAGUGCAAGGUCAUUUAUUAAAAGAUCAUUAUCUGAUGGCAAUAUUCUUUCUGAAGACAACUCCCCUAUUGUCAAUGCAAAGGUUAUACAGAUGGACAGUUCUCAUAGAACAGUGCCUAUAAAUGCUAAAGGCUGUAAUGUGGGGCUUUUGGAUUCAACUCCAGAAUUUUCAACUUGUGAAAGUGAUAUAUCUUAUUCCAGGUAUACACCCUCAAUGUCCCGUAAACGGCUUUUCCCUGAUUCACAAUCAGAGAGGUAUCUGGACAACGACUGCACAUAUUACGUUGAACGUGGGGAUUCAUUCAACUGUUCAAAUUUUCUUGAUGUUGAUUGGCUUUCUUCAUCUGGAAACUCUUGUGAAGAUGAAGCAUACGAGAGAUCAUUGCUCGUUGGAUCUUCAUCUGCUGGCGGCAUAUCGUUGGGAGAGCUAAAAACGGGAAUGAACUCAUCUUAUCAGUCUGGAUCCAGCUUGAAGGGGAAGGAGCUGGCCAGUGGUGACCUCAGAUGUGAUGCUGCCAGUAGCUCGAACGAACUUUCAGGCUUUUCCGAAAGAUUCAUACACUGGGUCAAUGGAGAUAUGCUUUUCCUGUGA